CCGAACGAGGCCCUUUGAGGCGAAAAGCAAUUGCAGUUAGUGAACACCGCAGCAGUGGAAAGCUCUGGGUGUUGAGGUUUGACAUGAGGAUGCUGGUCCGUCCACCGGAUCCCCAGCCGCACGACAAGUCUCCUUUCUCCAGGCUCAGUUGUCCUCGUCUUAGGAUCGGAGGCGAUGACAUCUGACUUACACGGCAAUGAAUUUUAAAAUGUUUUCUCUCUCCCAACCCCGUAAUUGCCUUCGCCGGCAGUCGGCCACCACCUCCCAGGCCCGUUAUUUUUCUGCGCUGCAAGACGCGGCCACUGGGGAACCUGCGGUCCCAGGUGCGACCGGAGCCGGAAACCACCGAGUCGCAUCUCAUUCCUCCGGGAUGCCUAGAGCGGCCCCGGAAAUGCCGGGGAGUGUCCAGCAGGGAGUGGGUGACGCACUUCCUUCCGGGGGUGGAUUUGUUUCUGUCCAGGGUCUGAGCGGGCUGUGAGCGCGGUGUUUGCGGUUCGGAGGGCGUGAAGGCGCGGGGGCUGUUCCCGCAGGGGUCCGGUGUUUAGGACCGGAAGGCCGAUGAGCUCCUGGGGCUUGAUCUCCUCUUGCCUGAAGCCGAGACUCUGGGAAAGUCCGCGCAUGCCGGCGCGAGCUGAGCCGGAGCGCUGCCGCCCAGAGGCUCGGGUGGCCGGGAGGUCCGGGGCCGCGGGGCCGCCCCUGCGCGAGGAGCUGGUGAUAGUGAAAGUGGAGGAAGACCCAGCCGGAGGGCGGGAACCCGAGCCGCCAGGGGCCUGGCCGGACCCGGAGACGUCCCGGCAGCAUUUCAGGCAGCUGAGUUACCAGGAAGUGGCCGGCCCCGAAGAGGCGCUGAGGCGGCUCCGGGAGCUCUGUCGCCGGUGGCUGCGGCCCGAGCUGCACUCCAAGGAGCAGAUCCUGGAGCUGCUGGUGCUCGAGCAGUUCCUGACCAUGCUGCCCGAGGAGCUGCAGGCCUGGGUGCGGGAGCACUGCCCGGAGAGCGGGGAGGAGGCUGCGGCCGCGGUGCGGGCCCUUCAGAGCGCGCUGGACGGGGCCUCACCGCAGGAGUCGGUGACAUUCGAGGAUGUGGCUGCUUCUCUGACCUGGGAGCAGUGGGAGCGCGUGGACCCAGCCCGGAGGGACUUGUGCAAGGACAGUGCACGGGAGGUCUACGGGGGCACCAUCCCAGCUGGUUUGGAGACCAGAGCUGAAACCAAAGAGUUGAUUCCAAAGCGAGAAAUGUCAGAAGUAGAGCCACAGGGGCAGCUUCCAGAGGUGUCCCAGGGAAUGGCCUGCCCGUCUGCUGAGGGUGGUGCUACCCAGGGCGACAGGGGACAGAAGCAUUCAAGAUGUCCGUCCUCACUGAAACUUGAAAAUCCUCCCGAAGAGCAGGGACUCACCAGCACCUCCCAGCUCAGCCAGAAUGGAGCCACAGAAGACAGAGACUCUGAGAGUAAUGGACUUGGCAACAGAAGUCCCAGCUGUGUCCUUUGUCCGCACAUCCGGACAGCAGAGAGGCCUGCUGACGGUCAUGAACACGGGUGCAAGUGCAGACAGUGUUUACAUAUGGGGAGUCGCCACGCUGUGGACAGUGGAGAGCAGUUCCGUAGUUCUGACCUGUUUGAAGGCCAGAGACAGUUCCGUGAAGAAAGACCUUACAAGUGUGAUAACUGUGAGAAGAGCUUCAAACAGCGCUCUGACCUCCUUAAACACCAGAGAAUCCACACGGGGGAGAAGCCCUAUGAGUGCCAGGCAUGCGGGAAGAGCUUCAGUCAGAGUGCUGCUCUGAUUAAGCACCAGAGGACACACACAGGGGAGAAGCCGUACACAUGUCUGAAAUGUGGGGAGUGCUUCAGACAGAGUUCACAUCUAAAUCGCCAUCAAAGAACUCACACAGGAGAGAGGUACUAUAAAUGCGAGGAGUGUGGGGAAACAGGCCACGUUUCCAGCCUUUUUAGACAUCAGAGGCUGCACAAAGGAGAGAGACCCUACAAAUGCGAAGAAUGUCAGAAGGGCUUCAAACAGCGCUCUGACCUCUUUAAACAUCAGAGAAUCCACACCGGGGAGAAGCCUUAUGGAUGUUCUGUGUGUGGGAAAAGCUUCAGUCAGAGUGCGACGCUCAUUAAACACCAGAGAACUCACACAGGAGAGAAACCUUAUAAAUGUCUUGACUGUGGGGACAGCUUUCGACAAAGUACACACCUCAUCCGGCACCAAAGAAUCCAUCAAAAUAAAGUCUCGUCAUUUUGAUAUGCUUCUGCAUGCCCUGUUUUGUUUGUUUCAUGUCCAGAAACUCCAUUCGGUGGCAUUUGAAGUAUUUCAGAAAACCGUGGACCGUGUUGCCUUGGGAAUCCCACAUAAAACAGGCUCGGUCUGACCUGAGUCUCAGUACAUACUUGAUAGCAUUUCACACAGGGAGGAAUGAGGGGAGUUCCCUAAAAGAUGACACAGCGACUUACGAGGAAAAGAGCAAAGGCUAAUGUGACAGAAUCUAUCCGUGUCGUCUUCACUCUUCCUGCCUCUUCUUUGGACCAAAUCUUGCCCACUUCAAUUGUUUUCCUAAGAAUUGUAGUCAUUUAUAAUAAUUUCUCUACCCAUUUGUUGGAGAGGGUUUGCACUACUUUGUAAUCCUCAAAACACCUGGUACAUCUGAGCACAGAGAAGAAGCACUCUCUAUUUGACUUGUUAAAAAAUUAAUUUUGGGGCCGGCGCCGUGGCUCACUAGGCUAAUCCUCCGCCUAGUGGUGCCGGCGCACCGGGUUCUAGUCCCGGUCGGGGCGCCGGAUUCUGUCCCGGUUGCCCCUCUUCCAGGCCAGCUCUCUGCUGUGGCCCGGGAGUGCAGUGGAGGAUGGCCCAAGUGCUUGGGCCCUGCACCCCAUGGGAGACCAGGAGAGGCACCUGGCUCCUGGCUUCAGAUCAGCACGGUGCGCCGGCCGCAGCGUGGCGGCCAUUGGAGGGUGAACCAACAGCAAAGGAAGACCUUUCUCUCUGUCUCUGUCUUUCUCUCACUGUCCACUCUGUCAAAAAAAAAAAUAAUAAUAAUAAUUUUGCAGAUCCCUCUUUCCUGUUUUAGGAGUCUUAAGGUUCCUGGGUUGGUUUGUUUUUUUUUUGUUUUUUUUUGUUUUUUGUUUUUUCCCUUUUAUUUAUUUGAAAGGCAGAGUUACAGAGAGAAAGAGAGUCAGAGAGGUCUCCAUCCACUGGGUCACUUCCCAAAUGGCCGCAACAGCUGGGGCAGGGCCAGGCCAGAGCCAGGAGCUUCUUUCGGGUCUCCCACAUGGGUAGCAGGGGCCUGCGCACUUGGGCCAUCCUCCACUGCUUUUGCAAGUGCAUUAGCAGGGAGCUGGAUUGGAAGUGGAGCAGCUGGGACUUGAACCAGCACCCACAUGGGAUGCCAGCAUUGCAGGUGGUGGUUUAACCUACUGUGUAUGCCACAGUGCCUGCCCCAUGGGUUGUUUUAUAAGUUUGGUUUCUUUUAAAACAAGAAAAGCACACACAUUUAGUUUCUGUCACUAUAACCCUUUCACUGCUUAAAUAAGGUCAUUUACUGAGAACUUUUUUCUUUUUUAAGAUUUACUGGGGCUGGUGCUGUGGCCUAGUAAGUUAAGCCUCCACCUGCAGCACUGGCAUCCCCUAUGGGUGCCAGUUCAAGUCCUGGCUGCUCCACUUCCGGUCCAGCUCUCUGCUGAUGGCCUUGGAAAGCAGUGGAAGAUGGCCCAAGUGCUUGACCCCUGCACCCAGGUGGGAGACCUGGCUCUUAGCUUCGGAUCAGCCCAGCUCUGGCCUUUGGUGGCUACUUGGGGUGUGAACCAUCCCCUCUCCCUCUAACUCUGCCUCUCAAAUAAAUAAAUAAAUCUUUAAAUAAUAAUAUUUAUUUGAAAGGCAGAGUAAUGGAGAUGUAGAGAGAGCUUCCAUCUAUUGGUUCAUGCCCCAGAUGGGCUCAGUAGCCAGGUCUGGGUCAGGCUAAAUUCAGGAGCCAGAAACUCCCAAGUCUCCCAUGUAGGUGUCAGGGAUCCACACACUUGGGCCAUCUGCUGCUGCAUUCCCAGGCACAUUAGCAGGGAGCUGGGUCAGAAUCAGAGCAGCCAGGACUCAACCAGCACUCCAGUAUGGGAUUCCGGCAUCACAGGUGGCAUUUUAACCACAACACUGGCCCCAACUUUUGGUUUCUGAAAAAGUCAUCACUAAACUAGUCACUGAAUUGGUGUGU